AUGCACCGUUCCGUCGUUUUUGCCUGUCUCGUCUCAGUCGUCCUUUCACUCAAUUGCUGGAGUGACACUGCUGACGGGAAGAGUCACAGCAGUGAUAAACGAUCGAUCGAUUGCGGCGAUUGCAAAUAUUGUGCGAAGGGCACGGCAAAGCUGACAAAAGAGUUCGACGGCGUGAAAAAGGGAAGCGUUGAAUCGGCAUGGGGA